CAGUUUAUUCUGUUUUGAAGUCGCGAGGCAAAGACGGUCAACUGUACAACUUCCUGAAUGCAGACAAUACGAACGUCCUUCAUAUGAGAUAUAUUUGAUCGUCAUUACUUACUAGCUAGUAGUUGUGUAAUAAAAUCGUGUGUGCGAGACUGGUGUUUUGGUUUACGUAUCCUCUAGUUUUGGUAGGAACGUGCGCUGGGUAAAGAGAAUGUUGAGGCCACGGUCACGAUCGCCCCACUAUUCUCACAGAGUUAGUCCGCGCAGGCAGGAUGGUCGGCGGUUCCCCUGGGACGACCCAGACUUCAACCCCCAGCAGGUGCUGGCUGACCUGGGCAGGCUGCCUGGGGAGGAUCAGUGGGUUCGCUUCAUGGACGAGAUCCACCCAGAUGGCCCAGAGGGCCACAGAAGACCUGUUUCCCCAGGCCUCCACAGGCUUGACCACCACCUCCCCCCAGAGCAAUUCCACCAUCGCAGAAUCCCACCGGCACCUCACGAGCUGGGCUACGCCGAGCGCAGAAGGCUCUCCCCCCAUGAUGGCAGAGGGGGUGGCAGGGGAAAAGGAAGCGGGAGCGAAGGGCUGCCCCACUCCCCUCAGAGGCUACCCAGAGAGAAGCUGCCAUCACUGGCCUCGCAGCACCCUCACUACAGUCCUGACCACCACCAGAUAGUGUCCUCUGCAGGCUGGAGAAGAGAAGAGCAGGACCAGAGCCAGGGAAGGUCCAGGGACCGCAGCCCCAGGGAGAGGGUUCAGGGUGGGGGGAAGGGGGAGAGGAGGGGUGGAGAUUUUCCGGGUCCCUAUGGAGAACGAAGCAGAGAUGACAUGCAUAGAGAGAAGAGCACCAUCUCUGACCGGAACCGGAGGGAAGCUGAUGAAGCGGUGCAUCCUGGGUACGGGAAGGAGACAGAGUUUAGGGUGCGCCGCCCCUCGUUGGAGAGGCCCCGGGAAGGGUACGGAGGAGGAGGGCCACGGGGGCGCAGGGGCCCCUCAGGGAGCCACGAUGGCCGGGGGCCUGGAACCCUCAUCGUGGAGCAUGACCAUGGUAUUAUAAACAGCAGAGGGCCAGAACUCUACGACAACCAGAGGGGCCGUGGCCCCGACCAGAGCCCAAGCCACGACCGAUUCAGUCACCGUCACCACCGGGCCAGAGCCACUGAGGAGCGGUUCAGGAAGUCGGGUAGCAGGUCCAAUACCAGAGAAGAGGCCAGGGGUCGGCUUGACCAUGAGGAGAGGAGAGGGCCUGUCCAGGAGGAGAGGAGAGGGCCUGUCCAGGAGGAGAGGAGAGGGCCUGUCCAGGAGGAGAGGAGAGGGCCUGUCCAGGAGGAGAGGAGAGGGCCUGUCCAGGAGGAGAGGAGAGGGCCUGUCCAGGAGGAGAGGAGAGGGCCUGUCCAUGAGGCGAGGAGAGGGCCUGUCCAGGAGGCGAGGAGAGGCCCUGUCCAGGAGGAGAGGAGAGGCCCUGUCCAGGAGGAGAGGAGAGGCCCUGUCCAUGAGGCGAGGAGAGGCCCUGUCCAUGAGGCGAGGAGAGGCCCUGUCCAUGAGGCGAGGAGAGGCCCUGUCCAUGAGGCGAGGAGAGGCCCUGUCCAUGAGGCGAGGAGAGGCCCUGUCCAUGAGGAGAGGAGAGGCCCUGUCCAUGAGGAGAGGAGAGGCCCUGUCCAUGAGGAGAGGAGAGGCCCUGUCCAUGAGGAGAGGAGAGGCCCUGUCCAUGAGGAGAGGAGAGGCCCUGUCCACGAGGAGAGGAGAGGCCCUGUCCACGAGGCGAGGAGAGGCCCUGUCCACGAGGAGAGGAGAGGCCCUGUCCACGAGGAGAGGAGAGGCCCUGUCCACGAGGAGAGGAGAGGCCCUGUCCACGAGGCGAGGAGAGGGCCUGUACACGAGGAGAGGAGAGGGCCUAUACAUGAGUCCAGAAGAAGCCCUGAUCGUCAUGGGAGAGCCAGCCCCAUGGGCUUCCAAGAUAGAGGUAGUCCCACAGAGCCCAGGGCCAGAAACAGUGCAUUCCGAGGGGAGAGGGGGGCCCCAGCCCAGGGUGGCAAGAGACAGAUGGGGCCCUCCAUGAACCAGCCCCGGCCUCUAAUUCAGGGAAUGCAGGGGUACCGACCCCGGGAUGCCAUCCCCCAGCAGUCCCCUCCGGAGCACCAGGGGUACCAACCCAGGGGAGGCAUCUGGGACAUGGAGCCCAGAGAGGAGGCGCCCGGUUGGGCAGAGGUGAGCAACAAGGAGCCCCGCUGCGAGAAGGCCCAGGGACCAGGGCCGCGAGGAGGCCGUCCGCCAGCACAGGGCAGGAUGGAUCCUAGGAAACCUCAGCAUAGUGAUCUCAACCCCAACUGGAACCAACAGCAGAACGAUAUGGGAAUGCCUCGCAUGGGCGCCGGCGAGAAGGAGACGCUCACCAUCAAGGUGGACAUGAACCGGCCUGUGGGCCAGAACAGCCAGCUGUGUUACUCCUCACACCGCCAGCUGUCGCUGGAUCUGGUCAACGUGGGCCGCCAGCGCCUAGACUUCCUGCCCAUGCUAGAGCAUUCUGGGACGUACCGGGAAUCCGCAAUGCACUCUGGGACUUUCGCCCAGGAGAUCAUCACCCUGGUGCACCAGGUCAAAGAGCAUUACUUUAGAGGUGAUGGUGUGACACUGAACGAGCGUUUCUCUGGCCCCCAAGAUGGAGGUCUGCCUGAGGAGGAGGAGCAGGAGGAAGAAGGACCAACUCUGAACAGGCUGUUCAACAUGAGUAUGUCAGAACCUGAUAUGGAACCUGUCUUCUCUAAAGUUGGCCGCAUGCAGAGGCAGCAGCAGGCAGUGAGAGAUCCCGGAGACCUGAGACAUGACCUGGAGAGGAGGAGACAGGAGAGGCUGGAGGGAGUGAAGGUCACCAUACCUGGAGGCAGGCUCUCACAGCACCCCCUGGCUGCCGGGAGAUCAGUGAUUACCUUAAGAAGUGGAGGAAGGGUGCAUUUUUACACCAUCUCUCCCUCUCACACACUCUGUCUCAGUGACCAUCAGGGGGGGUAUGGUAGAGAGGAAGACGAGGAACAGGAGGGCUUUUCAGGCUGGUCAGGCCCACCACGGAGAGGGAGGAGGUGGCCUGGAGACAUGGGGGGUCAGAGGAGAGGUGGCAUGAUUAGACAAGACAUGGGAGACCAGCAACGGAACAACUGGCCUCCUAAUAGCCCUUGCAACCUGCCUGGAUCAACGAGACAACAGAACCACAAUAUUAACGGUGCCAACUGGUGAAUGGAAGCUUGGAGCAAUCCAAAUGGAGUCAGUGGUUAACUGUUGAUAGGCUGUAUAUAUUAUAGAUCACACUGCUGCAGACUGACCACAGCCUGAACCACGACCACCUGACCAACUGACAUUCUGUACCACGCUGUCAAUGUAAAGCCCAUGCAAUGUAGCUGCUCUCCUGACAGAGAGAGUAAUGUGAUGGGGAAGUAAGAUGGCCAACUGAUAUGUAAAGAUGCACUAUGCAUAAAUCGUUCCACCAUUUCCUGGUUGCAAAAUGUUUGCCUAAUUUCAGUUUGUUACAAAACGAGCAAGUAUAGUGUAGAGCAGGGGUAGGUAACUGUGCUCCUGGAGUCCCACUGGUACUGCAGGAUUUUGUUCUGUCUAGGCACCACACCUGACCAACUGACAGAGCCGGCGGCAGAACUAUUCAGUUGGACCGGCCUUUGAUAUCCAUAGGCGUGGCAUGUUUUUUCCCGGGACCACCUUAUGUGUGCAUCCUCUUGCAUGUUCAAAUUGUAAUAGUAAAGACUAUAGGCAGCUGGUGAGUUUCAAGUUUGUGGAUGUUUCCAAUUUACCCUAGCAUUUCUACCGUUCUUAGUGCCAGUUAUGAUAAUUGUUUUAUAUGCACAUUUUUGUGCAACAGUUUCAUUUCAAUAUUUUAUUUUCUCAAUCAUUGUCACGUGGUUAAUCAUAAAAAUCUGAAAUAAAAUGAUAAAAAUGUCAAAGUUCAAAUUGAACUGAGGUGAGAGCAGCAGCCUCUGCCAUAUGAACACAUUGAUACACUGUGAUCCAUUGGCGGCUAAAGAAAUGAGCUCAUAGAACUCAGAGAGCCUAUAGGCCAAUGCAGCAGUAGGCCUGUAACCUCCAUCUCAACUAAGUAAAGCUGACAAAUAAAAACAGUAGAAAAUAA